AAACCUAGUUAGGGUUUCAUCCAUCGUCAGUCAUACCAAGUGCAGAAAAAUGGUGAAAUUCCUUAAGCCAAACAAAGCCGUAGUGGUUCUCCAAGGCAAGUACGCCGGGAGGAAAGCGGUGAUUGUUCGAGCAUUCGACGAUGGGACACGUGACAGGCCAUACGGACAUUGUUUAGUCGCCGGUGUAGCUAAGUACCCGAAGAAAGUGAUCCGUAAGGACUCUGCGAAAAAGCAGGCGAAGAAGUCACGCGUCAAGACUUUCAUCAAGCUUGUCAAUUACAACCACAUCAUGCCUACUCGUUACACACUGGAUGUUGAUUUGAAGGAAGCCGUUACAGUCGAUUGCCUUCAGUCACGUGAUAAGAAGGUUACUGCUGCUAAGGAGGCUAAAGCUAAGUUUGAAGAGCGAUUCAAAACUGGGAAAAAUCGCUGGUUCUUCACUAAGCUUAGAUUUUGAGUGGUUUGCUCUUAAUUUGGUAAUUUUCUGUUCUGGAUAUUCAGAAUAUUUGCUCUGUUUUUUCUUGUUCAAACAACUUUUAAUAUGAAAUGAUAGAUCUGGUUUUAUCUUUAACCA